UUCAUUUCCAGGAAGCGCUCCGUCCACGUGAGUUACUGCCAUCGUUAUUCAACACUGGGACAUCAAUGGCGGGACAACUGAAGUGGCGUCUGAAGGAAGCCAUAAAGGUGAUAGGCUCCGGGAGUUUCCUGUUCGUGUCCUACCUCACGGCCAUCGGCGAUGAGCGCUUCUAUGCCAACCAGCUGAUGCCUGCUCUGCAUAGGAUUGUUGGACCAGAGACGGCCCAUGUGAUGGCUGUUCGAUUGAUCGGUAUGGGAUUGGUACCGUGGACCAGGUACCAGGAUCCAGCCUCACUGGAAGUGAAUGUUCUGGGCUGCAGGUUCCGUAACCCUGUGGGAAUCGCGGCUGGCUUUGACAAGCACGGCGAGGCGGUGGACGGGCUGUACAGACUGGGGUUCGGGUUCGUGGAGGUUGGGACGGUUACCCCACUGCCACAGGAGGGGAACCCCAAACCGCGAGUGUUCCGACUGAGCGCUGACCAGGCGGUGGUGAACAGGUAUGGAUUCAACAGCUGUGGCCUCGCGGCGGUCCGGGAGAGGCUGAAGGCCAGGGAGCCCGUCCAAUCAGAGCUCACUCGGGCUGGCCUGCCAAUGGGAGUCAAUCUGGGCAAGAACAAGCUGUCCGAAGACGCGGCGUCUGAUUUUACGCAAGGCGUGCGAUCGCUGGGACCCCUGGCCGAUUAUGUGGUGGUGAACGUGAGCAGCCCGAACACCCCUGGCCUCCGGGACCUGCAGGGCAAGGCAGAACUUCGCCACCUACUGGACAAGGUUUUGAAGGAACGGGAUGCCCUGAAGACCAAACAGCCUGCAGUGCUGGUGAAGAUCGCCCCCGACCUCAGUCUCCAAGACAAGCAGGACAUUGCUGAUGUCAUCACUGAGCUCGGGGUGGACGGGGUCAUCGUGUCCAACACCACGGUCUCCAGGCCGGAGGUGCUGAAAGACCCCCACCGGGUGGAGACGGGGGGGCUGAGCGGCAGGCCGCUCCGGGACAUGUCCACACACACGGUGCGGGAGAUGUACUGUCUGACGAAAGGGAAGGUGCCCAUCAUCGGGGUAGGGGGCGUGGCCAGCGGCCAGGACGCCCUGGAUAAGAUCCGCGCCGGGGCGUCGCUGGUGCAGCUGUACACCUCGCUCACCUACGAGGGCCCGCCCGUCGUCACCCGCGUGAAGCGGGAGCUGGAGCAGCUUUUGAAAGACCAAGGGUUCGAGAGCGUCUCGGAAGCCGUGGGUGCCGAUCACAGGCCAGCGGGGGCCGAGUCCUGACCGGGACGCGGAGACGGUCUCCGCGCCGGAAAGACCGCAGCCGGAGAGAGACUGGCCCCUUCACUGCAGCAUCCUGCCCCUACUUCUACUUGAGCUGCCAUUUUGGGGCGACUGGCUUGACUGCCAGGCGGCCUGCAUCGCCCGUAUACCAGCCCGGCAGUGCAGGGAGGGCCCGGCUUCCGUCCUGCUGCAGAGGAUCCGGUUUUUCAUACGGCGGUGUUCCUGUGUAUAAUGUAUUGUAAUAUUAUGGGGGAAAAAACAAAGAGACACAAAAGUGCUUGAAAAAGGUUGUAGAUAAACUGUCCUCUCAAGUAUUUAUCUAUUGACCUUGCCAGUAUUUCAUAUGUGAAAUGAUUAAUAUAACGUACACGGUCUUACAGAAUGUAAGGAUAAACUUUACUGGGCCCUCCAAGCUGCAUUGUGGAUUUGGAUUUGCUUCGUCCAAAGCUCGUUAUUGGCAAACGUGUCCAAUGUCAGCCAUGAUUUGAUGUGCACUGAUUAUUUGGUGUGGGGAUGAACCUGGUGGCGUACCGGAAUAUGUCUUGUGCACUUUUGCAUUGACCUUUGAGCCGUCGUCUUUGCAUUUUGAAUCAGGUGUGAAUGCUGGCUGUGCACACAGAGCUGGCCCCUCUUCCUGCUGAGAGACGGUCAGUCUGUACCCAGCACUUCCUGUAUUACAUUUCAUCAAUUUAGCAGAUGCUUUUUUUCUAGAGGGAUGCACUACGUUUCUUCACAGGAAGAACUAGCACAUGCUGUUUCUUCCCCCCGCCCUCAUGAAAACAGUCAACGCCUUUUCUUUUCAAGUUCAUAUUGUGACAUAAGGUUUGUCUAUUCAAAAAUUCGUUUUCCACACAAAACACACAGCCUACUGUUCCAUCGCUGCACAGUGCUUGUGAGUCACUGCCACACCUGAAUGUAUGUGCUGUUUUCUUAAUUACAUUUUAUGCUUCAAUCAGAUUCACAUUGAUGGUUGUAAUUAUUGUUUUUUUUUUUGUCUGUCAUUCUUAAAGGUGCAGUAUGUAAGUUUGGAGAAGCCAGCAAGGCAGAGCUAGAUUUUGAAAAAAAAUGUUUUGCUCUCCCUCCAAAGCCCCUCCCUCCAAACACAUCCACGCGCACUACAAGCUAAUGGGUUUUAUUGGAGUUUAAAUGUCUUGGCUUGCAUGAUAUGUAUGUCCUCAUGUCAAAUCUGGUGUAAAAUAAAGUUUUAAAGGUUUUAGACGCAAGAUGACCAGCUAGCACCUGAGUUUCCCGCCAUUUUGAGGGUAGCCAGCUUGUCAACCGUCACUAGUCACAUUUUGCGGGUGUAAGCUAAUAUAUUAGUUUUCAUCUGAUUUUACUUCAUAAAUGUCUUUUAUUUCAUUAUCUG